GACAUAAAAUGAUUGGAUGACGAGGCAAAAAAAAUGCACAGACGCUUUUUGUUUUGUUUGUUUGUUUGAUUAUUUUUUUUGCCUGGGGCAAAUUUAUGCAGGUAUAUUACAAAAAAGUUCACACUUCGAAUUCUGUACACUGUCUAAGCUUCCAAGCAGAUUGGUGCUAAUAAAGGUUUGCAGAAGAAAAAAAGUGAUGGCACUUCUUGAAGUGUAAAUUCUACCAAGUUCUACUUCUGUUGUGUUUAUGGGAAACAGUUUUACAAGAAGACGUAGUAGAAGAAGGGACCAAGUGACAAAUCCUGCACAAACUGCAGGAGAAAUCCAAGACAUAUCGGCUAGACAUCGAGUGGUAACACAUCAAACUUUGCCAGCAACAAUGGAACAAGUUGACAAUUCUGAUCAAAGCGAGAAUGAAAUGUCAGAGAGCAAUGAACCACAGCCAAAUUUAGCAUCAAUCUUAUCUUUUCUGCUACGAAGCGGCCAAGUGAGGUUAGUUCGUUCUGGUGGAUUAGGUGCUUUUGAAGUCAAUGUGCAUGUACAGAGAGAAGACAGCGAUGAAGAAGAUGAGUUGGGUUCCACUGGAAGACAACCUCCAUCUCCCAGAGGUGAUAACGAGCCUGACACUUCAAAUAUACCAAAUUCCCAACUGCAAAAAAUUGUACAGAAUGACAGUGGUCAUUUCUACAAAACGCCAAUGAAUUUGACAACAAGAUUGUUUCAGAGGGAAAGUGCUACCCUGCAUGGAAGAAAUCACUUUACUUCUGGUGAUCGUGCAAUAUGUACUAAAAGCUUUCUACCAAACUCAUGUGAAACAGUGGCACGGUAUCGAUCCAAAGCAUUUUGUGGCACAUAUUCUUCAGAUGGUACUGUUUUUAUGACAGCAUGUCAAGAUCAACAUAUUCGGAUGUACGACACAACUGAUGGCCAGUUCAAACUGUUUCGUAACAUAUCAGCAAAAGAUGUUGGCUGGAGUAUUGUAGAUACCGCAUACAGCCCUGACCAACACUAUAUCAUCUACUCCAGUUGGUCAGAUUUCAUUCAUCAAUGUAAUGUGUAUGGUGAUCAUAACACCCAUCUUGCUCUUGACUUGAGGCCGGAGGAGUCACGCUUUUGUGCGUUCUCAGUUUCUUUUUCAGAGGACAGCAAAGAGAUCAUAGCUGGUGGCAGUGAUCGAUGCUUGUAUAUUUAUGACAGAGGAAAAGAGGAUCGCAUUUUACGGAUAUCUGCACACGAUGAUGAUGUGAAUGCAGUAUCAUUCGCCGGUGCAAGUUCUAACAUUUUAAUUUCUGGUGGUGAUGAUGGAAUAUGCAAGGUGUGGGACCGACGUUUACUGAGUGAAUCCACGCCCAAACCGGUUGGUACGUUUGCAGGUCACACAGACGGGAUAACGUAUAUCUGCGCUAAGGGUGAUGAAAAUCACUUCAUAUCCAACUCAAAAGAUCAAACAAUUAAGUUGUGGGACACUCGCAAACCCUCUUCAGAAGAAGCAACACGGGAAGCUCGUCGUAUUGUUGCCAAUCAGAAUUGGGAUUAUCGCUGGGAAACUGUGCCUCGACGCUCUCCGCGUCUUCAGAAUGUCAUUGGCAACGACGCCGUCAUGACGUACCGUGGUCAUCGGGUAUUGCACACAUUAUUAAGAGCAAAAUUCUCACCCGCCCACACCACCGGACAGCAAUUCAUAUAUGCUGGUUGUGCUACUGGCAGCGUUGUCGUGUACGACGUGUUAACCGGCAAAAUUGUGACGAAACUAAGAGACGCACAUCGUCAGUGUGUAAGAGAUGUGUCGUGGCAUCCAUACGAAAGUGUUAUCAUGUCCACUUCGUGGGAUUGCACGAUCGGAAAAUGGGAAUAUUGUCACCUAGCGUGCGAAAAGACGCAGUGCGAAUCUCAUGAUUGUGCCAACGUGAAGAAGAGUCAAGACGGUAAAAGAAAAAGAAUGAGAUCGUUUAAUGAUGAAUUGUGACCUCGCCUUAAAGGCUUGGUGAAGAGUAAUUACCGGAACGCCCUGUGUAAUAAUAGCUGCGCCGGUUCAUAUGCUACGCCUCAAAAAUUGACGUCAUAUUUCGUAUUUAACUGCGACAGAUAGUUCAUGAUCGAACACGAACCUCCUUCGAGCUGCUUAUUCUAAAUUGGAUAUUAAGAACGGAAGAUAAAAACCAUCUACCAGUUUCCUUAGCCUGAGACGCAUGCGCAAGAAAAUCUUCAAAAUUUCGAAAUAGCGAAAUAUAUUUUGGUGCAUGGAAUAAUUACGCAUGCGUGUUUAAGAUCUCCUUUAACUUUGAAAAACUGUUUGUACAGGACUCGCUAUAAUAUUAAAACAAUACAAAUGUUUCCCCUUU